AUGGGAAUAACAGUGUCAAGAACCGAAGCAGGAUUAGUACAGCAUGCGGAAGAAACGAAAACGAAUGAAGAAACGGUUGUUCAAUCACAAGUAUCAACAUCAAGUAGAUUUGGAUUAUUUGUACGAAGGAGGGUGUUACCUGACAUUAAAAAAGCACACACGGAAGUGGAAGACGACCAAGCGAAGAUGGAAAUUCUGGUAUCGGACUUGCAUGGAGCGCGGCUAGACGAACUGAUAGCAAAGCUGAUUGCACUUCGAACACUUCAGAAAGAAGAAGUUGAAACACUCCAAGAGGAAGAAAUGCAGCCACCAGGUAAGCAGUUUGCUGAGUUAGGUGUGCAAACAGAUUUUAUUGAACCAAAUAGAAAAGCCCGAGAAAGCGAGAAAGUAACCAGAAUAGGGAAUGGAGAAUAUUCCGAAGCAGAGCAUCUACAAAAUGCAAGGCUGCGCGCACACAAAGCGCCCAUACAAAUUAUGCACGACCAAACAGACGAAAGGUGGGGCAUGAAACGAACAAGAGAAGUGUGUGAACAAACUUCUUUUAUCAAACCUAGGAAGCAGAAAUCACAGGUUUUGCAGAAAGAAGCGGUGCCUGUAGAAUUGUCAGAACCGGAGGAAAAAUUAAACAAACAAAAAGAACUCACAGUAAUCACUGUGAAAGAACAACCACAGACAGAACAGCCAUUGAAUGAAAUAAUGGAUUUCCAGAAAACGGAUUCAGUGCAACACAAAUGUGUUACUAAAACAACGAUGAUAUUCCAACCACUAGUAUAUGGAACCGCAAAACAAGAUGCCAUAGGACGAAAAACACAAGAGGAAGAAGUUAAGCUCCAUGAGGAAAUGAGUUUUCUGUUUAGAGAACAAACACUUCCAUUACAGAAUAUAAAAGUUGCAUGGGAAACAAGUGCUGACCAACAACAGGAAAAACCGCAAUACAUUCAGAAAACACGAGAGAGUGUUAAAGAAUACACAACAUACGAAGCUGAAGAAGAGCAGAGACACACACCUAGAGAAAAACAGCCACAAAAGUCCGAAGCCGAUCACGAACUCAAAACACAAUCAGAGGAAAAAAGCCAAGAAAGCGCCAGUGAGGAACAAAUUAGUGAAAGUGACGAGAGUGUCUUUCGCAGUGAAUCGCUAGAUGUAGGAAUGCCAGCAGAGUUCAGUGGAACAGACGCGUUAACGACUUCGGUUGGGGAGACGGAAAGGUGUGAGGAACAAUGA